CAAACACUGGUUCAAUCUUGCUCCUCUCCACAUUUCUAUCCACUAAACAACUCCCUCCAGUUCAGUAAAGAUGAAUCUAUAGACUUAGGACAGUCAGAUUCAGACCGAUCGUUUGCAGUGGAAUUUGCGAGUAUUGGGGUGAGCUAAGGACAAAAAACUUAAGGCAUGGCGAAGCGAGAACUUUGGUUGUUGGGGUUGAAUCUGGCCGCGGUAGUUUGCGUGGUGGAGUCCAAGUACAUGGUGUACGACACUUCGGCCACCAUUGUUCCCGGGAAGCUCAAUGUUCAUUUGGUUCCUCAUACUCACGAUGACGUCGGUUGGUUGAAGACGGUUGAUCAGUACUAUGUUGGUUCCAACAAUUCAAUCCAGGGUGCUUGUGUCCAAAAUGUAUUGGAUUCCUUGAUUCCCGCGUUGUUGGCCGACAAAAACAGGAAGUUUAUCUAUGUUGAGCAGGCAUUCUUCCAGCGGUGGUGGAGGAACCAAAGCCCGAAGAUGCAGACUAUUGUUAGAAAGCUCGUUCACUCUGGUCAACUUGAGUUUAUAAAUGGGGGUUGGUGCAUGCAUGAUGAAGCUGCUACACAUUAUAUUGAUAUGAUAGAUCAGACGACUUUGGGGCACCGGUAUAUCAAACAGCAGUUCAAUGUGACCCCACGAGUUGGCUGGCAAAUUGACCCUUUUGGGCAUUCUGCAGUUCAGGCCUAUCUUCUUGGUACCGAGGUAGGAUUUGACUCUCUUUAUUUUGGGCGUAUUGACUACCAAGACCGAGAAAAGCGGAAAGGUGAGAAGAGUCUUGAGGUCAUCUGGAGGGCUUCUAAAAGUUAUGGCUCAUCCUCACAGAUUUUUGCGGGUGCAUUUCCUGAGAAUUAUGAGCCUCCAAGUGGUUUCUAUUUUGAAGUCAAUGAUGACUCCCCCAUUGUUCAGGAUGACAUCGAUCUGUUCGAUUACAAUGUACCAGAGCGUGUCAAUGAAUUUGUAGCUGCUGCAUUAACACAGAGCAAUAUUACCCGCACGAACCAUGUAAUGUGGACGAUGGGAACAGAUUUCAAGUACCAGUAUGCUCACACUUGGUUCCGGAACUUGGACAAACUCAUUCAUUACGUCAAUCAAGAUGGCCGUGUCAAUGCUUUGUACUCAACUCCAUCAAUUUACACAGAUGCAAAACAUGCUUCACAUCAGUCAUGGCCUCUUAAGACAGAAGACUAUUUCCCAUAUGCAGACCGUGAAAAUGCCUACUGGACAGGAUAUUUCACAAGUAGGCCAGCCAUCAAAGGAUAUGUUAGAUCGAUGAGUGCCUACUAUUUGGCAGCUAGGCAACUGGAAGUUUUUAGAGGAAGAGAUGAGGUGGGGUCAACCACCGAUCCACUAGGGGAUGCUAUGGCGAUUGCUCAACACCACGAUGCAGUUAGCGGAACAGAGCAACAACAUGUGGCUAAUGAUUAUGCAAAACGUUUGUCAAUAGGUUACACAAAGGCGGAAGACGUGGUUUCAAAUUCUCUGGCUUGCGUGGUUGAAGGAAAACUGAAAUCUGGAUGUGAAAAUGUUGAAACAAAGUUCACUCAGUGUCCGCUUCUGAAUAUAAGUUAUUGUCCUCCAACAGAAGUUGAUUUAUCUUGGGGGAAAAACUUGGUGGUGAUUGUGUAUAAUCCUUUGGGAUGGAAGAGAACUGAUGUUGUAAGAAUCCCUGUAACCAGUGAAGAUGUUGCUGUCUGGGAUUCAGCUGGAAAAGAAAUUGAGUCACAGGCUUUUCCUGUAUUAGAUGCCUCAUUGUCCCUGAGGAAACGCUACACUAAAGCUUAUGUCGGCAAAUCCCCAACGAUGGGACCACUAUAUUGGCUUGCAUUUACUGCAACUGUUCCUCCCCUGGGUUUUACCACAUAUACAAUCAUCAGUAGUAGACAUUCAGCUAAAGUGAAGGAGACGCAUCAUGGGUCAAUUGUACAUCAAAAUGAUGUCAUAGUAGCAGGUCCUGGCAACUUGAAACUAAUGUUUUCUGGAAAUGAUGGAAAACUUGCUAAAUUUGUUAAUAGCCAAAGCAAGGUAAGUGCUGCUGUAUCGCAAUCAUACAUUUAUUAUUCUGCUGAUGACGGAAGCAAGGAUAAAGAUAGGGACCACUAUCAGGCAGGUGGAGCAUAUAUAUUUCGUCCAAAUGGCUCAUUUGAGUUGAACAUUGAAGGAAAGGCCGCCCUUAAAGUUUUACAUGGACCUCUGUAUGAUGAAGUUCAUCAAAUGAUAAACUCGUGGAUUUACCAGAUUACAAGAGUUUACAAGGAAAGAGAGCAUGCUGAAGUUGAGUUUAGUAUAGGCCCCAUACCUAUUGAUGAUGGAAUAGGGAAAGAGAUCGUGACACGGAUUACAACUGACAUAAAAAGUAACAAGACAUUUUACACAGAUUCUAAUGGGCGUGAUUUCCUUGAAAGGAUUCGAAACUACAGAACAGAUUGGGACCUUCAAGUGAAUCAACCCGUUGCUGGAAAUUAUUAUCCUAUUAAUCUUGGAACAUACAUAAAAGAUGGCAACACCGAGCUCUCAAUCUUGGUUGAUAGGUCUGUGGGAGGCUCUAGCCUUACUGAUGGCCAAUUGGAGCUCAUGCUUCAUAGGAGACUGCUUCAUGAUGAUGGCAGAGGAGUCGGUGAAGCACUAAAUGAAACAGUAUGUGCCUCACAGAAAUGUGAAGGGCUAACAGUUAAAGGGAAAUUCUAUGUUAGAAUUGAUCCUCUGGGAGAGGGCGCUAGGUGGCGUCGAUCUUUUGGGCAAGAGAUUUAUUCCCCAUUUCUUUUAGCAUUUUCAGAGCAGGACAUAAAUCAAGGAACAAAGUUUCAUAUCCCAACAUUUACUAUGGUUGACCCUUCUUAUAGUCUUCCUGAUAAUGUUGCAAUUGUCACACUACAGGAGCUUGAAGACAAGACCGUUCUCAUUCGCUUGGCACACUUAUACGAGGUUGAAGAAGACAAAGACCUCUCGACUCUAGCCACUGUAGAGUUGAAGAAAUUGUUCCCAGACAGGAAGAUAAACAAAGUCAAGGAAACAAGUUUAAGCGCAAACCAAGAACGAGAAGAAAUGGAAAAGAAAAGGCUAAAAUGGAAAGUUGACGGUGGUCUUUCCAACAGAUGGAAUUCUAGAGGCCAUUCUGUAGAUCCCGAUGAGCUGGUCGUGGAACUCGCCCCAAUGGAAAUUCGCACCUUUGUUGUGGAACUUGGCUCUAGAUUAUCAAUGGGAGUAGGGAGUCCCCAUUUCUUUCUAAAAUGAACUAAUAAAGUGCUUGGCGAGGUAAAAGCAGUGCGCACCCAAGCAUCAGCGGACAGCACUUGGCCUUUUCUAUUUGUUGACCAAAGUUGUUGACCUUUUCAUGCCUCUACUUGGUUGUAAAUGUUUCUACCCUUCUGUUCUGAGCUUUUACAUACACCGAUUAAUAAAAAGUGGGGGCUUCUGAUGCUUUUGACAGCUUUUAUCAUCUUAAUUCUUUUUGUUUGC